CUUCACCAUGAAGUUCAGCAGCUUCUUCCCUUUCGCGGUGCUUCUUGCUCUGGCGAUCCUGGCAUCCUGGACUGUGGAAGGAGGCAAAAAUGAUGCUAUCAAAACUGGAGCCUGCCCUUCUAACAAGCCUGCCAAGUGCCUUAGGAGGGAGAAACCAGAGUGUGAUUCUGACUGGCAAUGCCCUGGGGAAAAGAGGUGCUGCCAAUUUCGUUGUGGUUUCAAAUGCCUUAAUCCUCUUCCCAUCCGCAGACCAGUGAGGACGAAGCCUGGGAGGUGCCCAAAGAUUCAAGGACGAUGUUUGAUGCUGAAUCCUCCCAAUAAGUGUGAGAGGGAUGGCCAGUGCGAAGGCAACUAUAAGUGCUGCCAGGGCAUGUGUGGCAAAAUCUGCCUCCCCCCACAGUAAGUCUGAUUCCUGACAUUUGGAAACAGCUCUGGACUUGUGCUCUGUGUGGUCUGGAAACUUCUCUGCUCCCAGGUUCCCCGACUCCCAGGCAUGCGUCCUGUCGAGAGGGUUUGCUUCUGCCACCAACAGUUCUUUUUGAUAUACGCUAAGCAUUCAGGAAGCUUUUAGGAAAUACCAUUGG